AUGACUACAUCUGACUGGAAGUACACAGAUCCACUGAACUUGCCGAUAUGGCAGAAGUGGUUCAUCUUGGUCAUCGUCGGGCUUUACGCUGCAACUGGAAACCUUAUGGUCUCCGGCAUAUCGGCUAUCUUACCCAUCGUUCAAGCUUCAUACAACAACAAUCCCAAAGCGCAUGAUUUGGCUACCUGGCCUGCAUUUUACAUGGGCGUUGGGAACCUGCUUGCUAUUCCAGUAGCGCAUGCGGUGGGUCGUCGACCAGUGUACCUCCUGUCCACCAUCGUGCUAUCGUUCGGCUGCCUUUGGUGCGCUUACAGCGGCAACCUGAAUUCUCAUAUUGCAGGCCGGAAUGUUAUGAGCAUAGCUGCUGGACAAGCAGAGGCCUUGUGUCCCAUCAUUGUCCAGGAAAUCUUCUACCUGCACGAGAGAGGCGUAGUAGUAGCCUGGUUCUGCGCGUUACAGACCCUGGGAACGGCGGCUUUGAUCGUUGCAAGCUCAUACCUGGCCAAUGGCUUGGGUUGGAGGUGGUGGUACGGUAUCUUCGGAUGCCUGAGUGGUGCGAUCGCCGUGCUCAGCAUUAUAUUUGUCGCGGAAACGAAGUAUACUCGCACACUUGAAGCGCUAAAUGGCGAAGGUAUCGAAGAAGAAGAUGGUACACUUGUUCCGGUCACGACGAACACGAUGCGAGAACUGGACACGGUCAAUUAUGCUCCUCGCAGUUUCCUCCGAGACAUGCUGCCAUGGAAAGGAAAAGCCGAAUGGUAUAAAGCAGUCGAUUGUUGGGUACAGAUGUUCCAGAUUAUCUGGUUCCCAAACAUCAUCUGGUUGGUCUUCAUCAAUUCUGCUGCCCUUGGGAUAUACGUUCUCAUGACGGCGCUUUUCGCAGGGCUGCUAGUACAACCUCCAUUCUUGUGGUCUUUCGAAACUCUUGGCUACGUCUUUGCUGGACAGAUUGCAACAGCGGUAGCCGUUCCGAUCUUCAGUGGUUAUCUGUCUGACUGGACAACAAAAGCCCUGAGCAAAAGGAACGGGGGCAUUUCGCAGCCUGAAUAUCGCCUCAUCGCGUUGAUCAUUCCGCUGGCUGCCAUCCUCAUCUCAACAAUCAUCUUUGGCAAGACAGCACAGACGCCGUCGAAUUGGAGUUGGGCAGGAAUUGCAGUCACCAUCAACACAGAAUAUUUCGGCUUCGUGAGUAUAGUCGUGUCGAGCUUCGUGUACUGCAUGGACGCUUAUCCUCAGCGCAUUGACGCGGCUUUGGUGCUCAUAUGCUCCCUGCGCGGGUUCAUUGGAUUCGGCAUCUCAUUUGGAUCCAUCAGCUUUGUCGAAAAAGCAGGAUACGAGGGCGCCCUCAACAUCUGUGCGGGCAUAGUGGCAGCGCUGAUGGGCAUGGGCGUGGUCGUGUAUGUGUUCGGAGCGAAGAUCCGAGCCAUUACACAGAAGUGGGCUCAGGAUGAGUGA